AAUUCGCAGGAGGAGGAGAAGCAGAGAGGAAGGAGAACGAUGGCCAUGGCCGCCGCUGGAACCCCUCUUCUCUCUCUCUUCUUCUUCCUAAUCUCUGCUUCUCUUCUCCUUCCUGGCCUUCAGGGUUCCGCGGAUCGAGGUGUUUUGGGGCUGAGCCAGCGAGAGUUUGAUUACCUUGCUUUGGCUCUUCAAUGGCCCGGAACCUACUGCCAAAGCACUCACUACUGCUGCCCCUCCAAUGGAUGCUGCCGGCCAUACGCACUAACUCAAUUUACAAUUCAUGGAUUAUGGCCGGAUUACGAUGAUGGAACUUGGCCAGCAUGCUGCAGUAGUUCUGAAUUUGAUGUGAAGAAGAUCUCAUCAUUAAUUCCAACUCUGGAGAAAUAUUGGCCAUCCUUAAGUUGUAGUUCCGCAUCACUUUGCCAUGGAGGGAAGGGAUUAUUUUGGGGUCAUGAGUAUGAAAAGCAUGGGACAUGCUCUUAUCCAGUAAUACAGGAUGAGUACAGCUACUUCUCCAAAGCCCUUGAUCUGUACUUCAAAUAUAAUAUUACGGAUAUUCUAAGCAGAGCAGGAUUUCUGGCUACAAAUUCUGAGACGUACUUUGUCAAAGAUAUCGUUGCAGCCCUUGAGAAGGCUAUUGGGACAUCACCUCAAUUAGUUUGCAAGCGUGGUUCUUUGCAGGAACUACGCAUUUGUUUCUAUAAGGAUUUUACGCCUCGUGACUGUGGAAUACUAUCCAGUGUACUACAUAGCUCAUCUCUUGCUAGGAGCUCAUGCCCAAAAGCAGAUUAGCCUGCCAACUUAUUCACCUCUCAUGCUUGAAAAUAACAAUGCAACCAGGACAUGGUUAGUUGAUGGAGGGCUCUUUUCUGAAGCUUUAUAGCAUACAAGACUAUCCAUAUUAUUCUUCUGUAUGAUUGGAGGCUUUUCUGCAAAUCAUAUAGUCAUUUGUGCAAUAUCGUCUACCAGCAUAUAUAUAUAUAUAUAUAUAGGAUUUAAAUCAUCUGUGCACGUACGUAGAUGACUGUUCGCUUGGGAUAUUUAUUUACAACGGUUGAAUGAUAAUAUAAUGGUUAUUGUUCAUAUGCA